CAUAGAUCAAAGACGUCAUGGUGAAAUUAACAGCUCUUAUAUAUGUUUAUUAUCAACAUAUUAUUGAUGACAAUAUUUAGUACUUAUUGACAUAAUUGACAACAACGCACUUUUGUGCAUAUGACAACCCAGCGGUGAGCUUCAUAACAAAAGUAUUUUUGCGGAUUCAUAGUAAAACCAAUACGAAAUGGACGAAACAAAAGGGGCAAUGAGAGAGCAACUUGGUUUUCAGUCACAAUUCAACUGCAAAAUUAAGGAACAUUUAACGAAAUUUGUCGUCCAUCGUUUCACAAACAAAUGUGUAAUUUUAGUUACACAGUACGGUGGUAUUCCAAAUGUAUACUUGGUUCAAUUCGAUGCGAGCGAUGAACGUGACAAACGCAUUUCACCUUUGAAUAUAUCCGAGCUACACACGUCGGUGCCAGUGACUAUGAAAUGCUUGUUGGGUGUUGACCAAAUGGAGGUACGCGCCGGUAUACAGUUCUUAAUCAACAGAACUAAACUAAGCCAAUGUAAAACUGAAAUUUUAAUUACGCUUGGACUAAGAGAAACUAACGGUGAUAUCCUUAAAGAAAUAGCAGAUAUUCUUGAUAGAAAAGCGUUGUAGAAUCUCUUGUUCAUUUACUUAUAAUAAUUUUGUUAUAAUAAAAUAUUUUUUAAAGGCGAAUUACUAUAUGUACAUGUACAUAAAAAUAAAACAUAGCUCUAUCUUAAAUUCUCGUAGUCUAACAAUAACAAACGGAAAUUAUUGCAAAUAUUUAUUGAACGAAGCAGCUAAAUAGGAAAUAAAGUAGUUCUGAAAACUCGA